UCAAGGCUCCGCCAUUCCUGGACUUUUCAUGCUUGAGUUGUUGGCUCGGCUGACUCUCCACCUCCCCAUCCCUACUCCCCUUGGUCGAGUUUUGCCGCUGGGGGAGGGUUAUGCAGAACGAGGGCCCCUAGACUUUGACUUUCGCCGCUGUCAUUGCUAGUGAAGUAGCGGUUGGGGGCUCUUGGUCGCAGUUUCGACUUUACGCCCCUUUUCCAGCAACCCUUCCAUGAGCCUCCUACAUCAUUUCAGGACGUUUGUGAUCCACGUGAGUAGAACUGGGUGUUGAUCCUUGUGUCUAUUCCUCAGAUUCGUGGACUGGCCUGUAACAGACCGCAGAAGAUUCCUGCUCUGUACCCUGGUUUGUGGCUUGCGACGUUGGAUGUCCCGGGAUCGUUGUUUUAUAGAGAGAACUCACCUGCCUUAGUUGCUAUUAAGUAGCCUCAAGAGCAGCACCUUAAUUUGUAAAGAAGAAAGGAAAACUUUUUAAAAGUUGCACUUCCAUUCUCCGCCUCUGACCUCAACCCUUAAUUUUGCUGUAGGAGUAAGGAUUUGUGGUCCUGAUCUCACUGCAUAAUGACUUUCUGUUUGCCUGGUGUUGGAAGCCUUCCUAAACUUUGGACGAGCAAGUCGGUAUGGCUAGGCCCAGGACACUCUUACUUGUGUCUUUUUCUCACAGACUUCUGUGGCGUCAGGAACAACCAGAGGUGGUUUUCUCUUAAAACAACAUGCCUGCAAAAUACAAAAUCAAUCAAUCUGCUAAUUGCCAAGGCCAGACAUUUCAGAAAAGAUGAGGGCAGAAAUAAGAACGUUUCUUCUGGUUUUUCUGAUCUUUUUUCAGCAGGAGCAGCUAAGAAGAGAUCACAAAUGAAUUGUCAGAAUAAAGUUCAUGACUUGCCAUCCAUAAAGAACACCAGUCAACUCCCAACAGAACCUUUGAGGUUAGAGGAUUGGGAUAAACUUAAGGAAGAUUUCAAAGGAAAGGUCAGUUUUGAAAGUUGGAUCAGUUCACAGAUGGCCCACCAUCAUAGCUCUGUAGAUGUGGCUAAAUCUCUGCUGGCAUGGGUAGCAGCAAAAAACAAUGGUCUUGUAGGCUAUGAUUUACUGGUCAAGUAUUUAUAUCUCUGUGUCUUUCAUAAGCAAACAUCAGAAGUUAUUGAUAUUUAUGAAAUCAUGAAAGCCAGAUAUAAAAAUUUAGAGCCUGGAGCAUACACUCUUCUUAUCCGGGGAUUAAGCCAUUCAGACAGAUGGAGAGAGGCCUUGCUUCUGUUAGAAGACAUGAAAAAAGUCACGAUCCCUUCAAGAAAGAACUAUCAUGACUGUAUCCAAGGAGCCCUCCUUCGUCAAGAUGUAGACAUAGCUUGGAAUUUGUAUCAGGAAUUGCUAGGUCAUAAUCUCAUUCCUAUGUUGGAAACUUUGAAAGCCUUCUUUGAUUUGGGGAAAGACAUAAAAGAUGAUUACUACUCAAAUAAACUACAAGACAUACUUUUGUAUCUAAGAAAUAAUCAGCUAUAUCCUGGGGAGUCAUUUGCACACAGUAUAAAAACAUGGUUUGAGAGUGUUCCUGGACAACAAUGGAAAGGGGAAUUCACCACAAUCCGGAAAAGUGGUCAGUGUUCCAGCUGUGGGAAAACCAUAGAGUCUAUUGAAUUGAGUCCAGAAGAGUAUGAAUUUCUCACAGGAAAAAUCAUGAGGGAUGUGAUUGAUGGAGGUGAUCAGUACAAAAAGACAACACCUUGGGAACUUAGGACAUUUGAGAAGUUUGUAAAAUCCUGUCCUCCUUUUGAUAUUGUCAUCGAUGGUCUCAAUGUAGCCAAAAUGUUUCCUAAAGCUCGUGAAUCUCAAGUUCUCUUGGAAUUAGUCUCUCAACUAGCCAAACAAAAUCUGCGACUGCUGGUCCUGGGCCGGAAGCACAUGUUAAAAAAGAGUUCUCGAUGGAGAAAGGAUGAGAUGGAAAUGGUGCAAAAGCAAGCCAGCUGUUUCUUUGCUGAUGACAUCUCCAAGGAUGAUCCGUUCCUUCUGUAUGCCACACUGCACUCAGGGAAUCACUGCAAGUUUGUCACAAAAGACCUGAUGCGGGACCACAAGGCCUGUCUACCUGAUGCCAAGACCCAACGAUUGUUCUUUAAGUGGCAGCAGGGACAUCAACUGGCAAUUAGGAAUAAGUUUCCAGGAUCGAAAAUGAUCUUUCAGCAUAUUCUCAGCUAUAACACAGUGGUGCAAACAACUGGAGACUCAUGGCACAUACCAUAUGACGAAGACCGGGUGGAAAGAUAUUCCUAUGAAGUGCCAACCAAAUGGCUUUGCCUCCACAGAAAAACGUAAAGACUCUCACCCCUGUGCAAAAUUGUGUUUGAGCACCCUCCUCCUUGCCAGCAGAGCUCUUAAAUUGAUGCUUGUUUAGGGCAUUGCCUCUCUACUGAAGAUGAAAGGGUUCUAUUAACA